AACCCGGGUACCCGCCGGCCAGAGAGCCUGCAGUUCAAGGCGAGCUCCGCGGCGGCGUCGGCCCCGCAGCGCACACCUUUGGCCGCCUCCCAGCCCUCCCUGCCCGACGCGCUCGGGGCCGCCACAAGACGAGGCAUGGCCACCCCACCCAAGAGGAGCUGCCCAUCUCCCGCAGCCAGCUCUGAGGGGACCCGCAUCAAGAAAAUUUCCAUCGAAGGGAACAUCGCUGCUGGGAAGUCAACAUUUGUGAAUAUCCUUAAACAAGUCUGUGAGGAUUGGGAAGUGGUUCCUGAACCUGUUGCCAGGUGGUGCAAUGUUCAAAGUACUCAGGAUGAAUUUGAGGAACUGACAACGUCUCAGAAAAGUGGUGGGAAUGUUCUUCAGAUGAUGUAUGAGAAACCUGAACGGUGGUCUUUCACCUUCCAGUCAUAUGCCUGCCUCAGUCGAAUACGAGCUCAGCUUGCCGCUCUCAAUGGCAAGCUCAAAGAUGCGGAGAAACCUGUAUUAUUUUUUGAACGAUCUGUGUAUAGUGACAGGUAUAUUUUUGCAUCUAAUUUGUAUGAAUCUGACUGCAUGAAUGAAACAGAGUGGACCAUUUAUCAAGACUGGCAUGACUGGAUGAAUAACCAGUUUGGCCAAAGCCUUGAACUGGAUGGAAUCAUUUAUCUUCGAGCCACUCCAGAGAAAUGCUUGAAUAGAAUAUAUUUACGGGGAAGAAAUGAAGAACAAGGCAUUCCUCUUGAAUACUUAGAGAAGCUUCACUAUAAGCAUGAAAGCUGGCUCCUGCAUAGAACACUAAAAACCAACUUUGAUUAUCUACAGGAAGUGCCUAUCUUAACACUGGAUGUUAAUGAAGACUUUAAAGACAAACACGACAGUCUGGUUGAAAAGGUAAAAGAAUUUUUGAGCACUUUGUGAUCUUGCUGAAGACUACAGGCAGCC